AUGAACCCAGUUGAUCAAGACCAUCAUCAGGAGGAUCAUCGGGAAGGAGGCCACCAACGUGGGAGUAAUUCGCUGGGGCCGCGUGGCACUGGCAUGGUGGAGGAACAUGAUAUCGCCAAGGCUGCGCCAGAAAAAGAUGAAUUGAUGCCAUUCCGUUGGUGCGGACUCGUGAUACGGGCGCAUUUAGAUCAGACAUUCCGCAAUAGCGUGGAGACGAUGCAUCCCAAGCCAGGCACCGUGGGCACCUUGCGUGCCUUGCGGGCGCAUCCAAUCAAACGUCGUGUAGCCGGUACCACGAAGAAGUACGAGGACAAUCGAAGAAGCGUUGACGAUGUGACGAUGCGGCCAGAGCGGCGCUAA